ACCCCUAACUAACACACAGCCAGGUAACUACCCCCUAACUAACACACAGCCAGGUAUCUACCCCCUAACUAACACACAGCCAGGUAACUACCCCCUAACUAACACACAGCCAGGUAACUACCCCCUAACUAACACACAGCCAGGUAACUACCCCCUAAUUAACACACAGCCAGGUAACUACCCCUAACUAACACACAGCCAGGUAACUACCCCCUAACUAACACACAGCCAGGUAACUACCCCUAACUAACACACAGCCAGGUAACUACCCCCUAAUUAACACACAGCCAGGUAACUACCCCUAACUAACACACAGCCAGGUAACUACCCCUAACUAACACACAGCCAGGUAACUACCCCCUAACUAACACACAGCCAGGUAACUACCCCCUAACUAACACACAGCCAGGUAACUACCCCUAAUUAACACACAGCCAGGUAACUACUCCUAACUAACACACAGCCAGGUAACUACCCCCUAACUAACACACAGCCAGGUAACUACCCCCUAAUUAACACACAGCCAGGUAACUACCCCCUAACUAACACACAGCCAGGUAACUACCCCCUAAUUAACACACAGCCAGGUAACUACCCCUAACUAACACACAGCCAGGUAACUACCCCUAACUAACACACAGCCAGGUAACUACCCCUAACUAACACACAGCCAGGUAACUACCCCCUAACUAACACACAGCCAGGUAACUACCCCUAAUUAACACACAGCCAGGUAACUACCCCCUAACUAACACACAGCCAGGUAACUACCCCCUAAUUAACACACAGCCAGGUAACUACCCCUAACUAACACACAGCCAGGUAACUACCCCCUAACUAACACACAGCCAGGUAACUACCCCUAAUUAACACACAGCCAGGUAACUACCCCUAACUAACACACAGCCAGGUAACUACCCCCUAACUAACACACAGCCAGGUAACUACCCCUAACUAACACACAGCCAGGUAACUACCCCCUAAUUAACACACAGCCAGGUAACUACCCCCUAACUAACACACAGCCAGGUAACUACCCCCUAAUUAACACACAGCCAGGUAACUACCCCUAACUAACACACAGCCAGGUAACUACCCCCUAACUAACACACAGCCAGGUAACUACCCCUAACUACUGUCUAUAGGUCUCUAUAUGGUUUGGUUACUGUCCAUAGGUCUCUAUAUGGUUUGGUUACUGUCCAUAGGUAUCUAUAUGGUUUGGUUACUGUCCAUAGGUAUCUAUAUGGUUUGGUUAAUGUCCAUAGGUAUCUAUAUGGUUUGGUUACUGUCUAUAGGUCUCUAUAUGGUUUGGUUACUGUCCAUAGGUAUCUAUAUGGUUUGGUUACUGUCUAUAGGUAUCUAUAUGGUUUGGUUACUGUCUAUAGGUAUCUAUAUGGUUUGGUUACUGUCUAUAGGUCUCUAUAUGGUUUGGUUACUGUCUAUAGGUCUCUAUAUGGUUUGGUUACUGUCUAUAGGUCUCUAUAUGGUUUGGUUACUGUCUAUAGGUCUCUAUAUGGUUUGGUUACUGUCUAUAGGUCUCUAUAUGGUUUGGUUACUGUCUAUAGGUCUCUAUAUGGUUUGGUUACUGUCUAUAGGUCUCUAUAUGGUUUGGUUACUGUCUAUAGGUCUCUAUAUGGUUUGGUUACUGUCUAUAGGUAUCUAUAUGGUUUGGUUACUGUCUAUAGGUAUCUAUAUGGUUUGGUUACUGUCUAUAGGUCUCUAUAUGGUUUGGUUACUGUCUAUAGGUCUCUAUAUGGUUUGGUUACUGUCCAUAGGUAUCUAUAUGGUUUGGUUACUGUCUAUAGGUAUCUAUAUGGUUUGGUUACUGUCUAUAGGUAUCUAUAUGGUUUGGUUACUGUCUAUAGGUCUCUAUAUGGUUUGGUUACUGUCUAUAGGUCUCUAUAUGGUUUGGUUACUGUCUAUAGGUAUCUAUAUGGUUUGGUUACUGUCUAUAGGUCUCUAUAUGGUUUGGUUACUGUCCAUAGGUAUCUAUAUGGUUUGGUUACUGUCUAUAGGUCUCUAUAUGGUUUGGUUACUGUCCAUAGGUAUCUAUAUGGUUUGGUUACUGUCCAUAGGUCUCUAUAUGGUUUGGUUACUGUCUAUAGGUCUCUAUAUGGUUUGGUUACUGUCUAUAGGUCUCUAUAUGGUUUGGUUACUGUCUAUAGGUCUCUAUAUGGUUUGGUUACUGUCUAUAGGUCUCUAUAUGGUUUGGUUACUGUCUAUAGGUCUCUAUAUGGUUUGGUUACUGUCUAUAGGUCUCUAUAUGGUUUGGUUACUGUCCAUAGGUCUCUACAUGGUUUGGUUACUGUCCAUAGGUCUCUAUAUGGUUUGGUUACUGUCCAUAGGUCUCUAUAUGGUUUGGUUACUGUCCAUAGGUCUCUAUAUGGUUUGGUUACUGUCUAUAGGUCUCUAUAUGGUUUGGUUACUGUCCAUAGGUCUCUAUAUGGUUCACUUCCAUAUCAUUACUGGUUCUCUACAAGUCUAAUCUGUCU